UUAGCAGAUAUACAACUUUUUUGUUUGACUGCAGAUACGUGAUUUUCGAGAGUUUCUUCAGUCAUCACAGAUAACAUAUGAGUGACGAGGAACAAUAUCUACAGUUAGUUAUCGGCAUUAAUUUGAAUACACCACUACAUAGCAAAUAGAUAAUAAAAAUGUUCAGAUUCAUUUAUUGCACGGUAUUGCGUUGCAAAGACCCGUGUAAUUCGAUAAUAAAGCGAAGUAUUUACCGAGGGAACGGAAAUGCAGAUGGCGCUAAUGUGUCUAACUAUCCGUUGGAAGGAGUUAAAAUUCUGGAUCUUACGCGAAUAGUAGCUGGACCAUAUUGUACAAUGGUUUUGUCGGACAUGGGAGCAGAAGUCUACAAGGUUGAAAGACCCGGUACAGGUGACGAAUCGCGCAAAUGGGGUCCACCGUUCUUAAAUGAUUCAGACGAUGCUGUCUAUUUUAUGGCUGCAAAUCGAAACAAGAAAAGUAUAUGUAUAGAUCUGAAGAAGGGUAGGGAAGUGAUUUAUGAUCUUGCUCGAAAGUGCGAUGUUUUAGUGGAAAACUAUGUACCUGGAAAGCUAAACCAGAUGGCACUAGGCUAUAAUGAUUUCAAAAAAAUUGCACCAAGGUUGAUUUAUUGUUCAAUCACCGGAUAUGGUUCGACGGGUCCAUACAAAGCUAAACCUGGCUAUGAUGUGAUUGCUGCAUCUAUUGGAGGACUGUUGCAUAUUACAGGAAGCGAAAAUGGUCCUCCUGCAAAAGUUGGAAUUGCUAUUACCGACAUAGCUACCGGGUUGUACGCCCACGGUGCUAUUCUAGCAGCUUUGCUACAACGCUAUAAAACAAACCAAGGACAAAAAAUCGAUGUAAACUUACUUUCUACUCAAGUUGCAUGCCUAAUAAAUGUGGCAAGUAACUAUUUGAAUGCAGGGAAGGAAGCCAAACGGUGGGGUACUGCGCACGAAAGCAUUGUUCCCUACGAGGCAUUUCCUACUAGAACCGGCUAUAUCACUAUUGGUUGUGGAAGCAACGAUCAAUUCCACGCUCUCUGUGAUUAUCUCGACAUUCCGGAAAUAGCUCAAGAUGAACGUUUCCUAAAUAAUCAGACACGGGUUAAACAUCGCCAGCAACUAAUACCCAUAUUAUCAGAUAUAAUUAAACAACGAUCUUCGUCCGAAUGGAUGGCUAUGUUCAAGAAUGCCCCGUUUCCUGUAGGACCGAUCAAUAGCAUGGCGGAAGUAUUUCAAGACAAGCACAUUCAAGACAUUGGGAUUGUUAAACACCUGCAACAUCCUACUGCAGGGGAGGUAAAAGUAGUUGGACCCCCAGUCGUUUUCAGCGAAGCCAGAAAUUGUGCUAGAACUGCACCACCUCUACUGGGAGAACAUACGGAUCAAAUUCUUCGGAAAGUACUAAAUUACAGCGAUAAGUAUAUCGACCAGUUGCGUAAAAGUCAUAUAAUUCAAUAAUAUUUAAUGGAAUGAGGAGUAAUUUUGGGAGAUGCAUUUAUUUUCAUUUAUAUUUUAAUAAGUUUGUGUUAUUUUCAAUAAAAUUUCAUCAAAAA